CCUAGUCUGCUAUUUAUAUUUUUCGGGGCUGUCUAUUUGCCACCACAAACCGAUGCUGGCACUAAGACCACACUCAACGAGCUGUAUAGGGCCAUAAACAAACAAGGAACAGCACUCCUAGUGGCCAGUGAUUUUAAUAUACUUAUAUUUUUUGGUCAUUUAGCAGACGUUCUUAUCCAGAGCGACAUACAGGAGCAAUUAGGGUUAAGUGCCUUACUCAAGGGCACAUUGGUAGAUUUUCACCUAGUUGGCUCAGAAAUUCUAACCAGCAACCUUUCGGUUACUUGACCAACGCUCCUAACUGAUAGGUUACCUAAUGCAGGAAAACUGAAAUCCGUUUUAACUCAUUUCUACCAGCAUGUCACCUGUGCUACUGGAGGAGACAAAACUCUAGAUCACUUUUUCUCCAUACAUAAACGCAUACAAAGCUCUCCCUUGCCCUCCAUUUGGCAAAUCUGAUCAUCACUGUAUCCUCCUGAUUCUUGCUUGCAAGCAAAAAUUCUGAAGUAUGAAUGACAGCUCAAUACGGAAGUGGUCCGAUGAAGCGGACGCUAAGCUACAGGACUGUUUCACUAGCACUGACUGGAAUAUGUUCCAGGAUUCAUCUGAUUACAUUGAGGAGUUUACCACAUCAGUUACCUGCUUCAUUAAUAAGUGCAUCGAUGAUGUCAUCCCCACAGUGACUGUACGUACAUGUCGCAACCAUAAGCCAUAGAUUACAGGCAAUAUCUGCACUGAGCUAAAGGCUAGAGAUGUUGCUUUCAAGUAGUGGGACACUAAUCCAGACUCUUACAAGAUAUCCCACUAUGACCUCCGACAAGCCAUCAAACAGGCAAAGCAUCAUUACAGGACUAAGAUGUAAUCGUUCUAUGCCGGCUCUAAUGCUCAUCGGAUGUGGCAAGACUUCUAAACUAUCAUGGAUUACAAAGGGAAACCCAGCCACAAGCUUCCCAGUGACUUGAGCCCACCAGACGAGCUAAAUGUCUUCUAUGCUCACAUCGAGGCAAGCAACACUGAACCAUACAUGAGAGCAGCAGCUGUUCCGGACGACUGUGUGAUCACACUCUCCGUAGCCAAUUCCUUUACCCAUCAACUGUUCGAGUGAAGAGAGGGAUGGCAUCAAUGGUGAACCCCACUUUUCAGAACUCCAUAGAGGAUGUCAAUUUACUAUUUGAGAUCCUGCUGGCUGGCCUGCAGUUUGGAGACGAGCACACUCUGUUCUCCGUGCAGGACGAGGAGUUGGCCUCCCUGCGGAAGACCAAAAAGCUGGAAGUCAUCUGCGAGGACAUCCUGCCCAAAACACUCUCUGAUAUCCGUCGCCUGACCUCUGACCUUUCCAAUCACAUGGGCCACCUGCGCCUGGAGGACUUUGAGCGCACUGUGCUGACCAUGGUGUACACCGCUCAGCGGCUGGCCAAUGCUACCACAGACCAGCAAAGAGACUUGUGGGCAGAGUCCUUUGUCAGUUUGUACAGAGCUAUCAAGCUGGACCUGACAGCUGAGAACGACCUCACAGCUAAAUGAUAUUGCAAUGUUGGGGAUUGAUACUGCCUUUAUUUCCAGGUCUCUAUUGGAGAAGGAAUUUCUCUCAUUUUCUAUUAUUCAUUAUAGAUACGAUGUUUCAGCAUGAUAUUCUUGGCAACCCUUGAGUACUAUCGUAUCACAUGGACUUAAAAUUAAAGUUUCUGAGAUAUACUUUAAUCCUAUUGCUGUUUUUAUAUGCAUUGGGACAAAACAUUUCUUUGAUUUAUUUCAAACUUUUUAAAAUGUUUAUUACUAGUGUUACCCUGAACCAACUUGGAAAUGCAGAGAAAUCAGUAUGAUUAUAUUCAUUUUAAAAAUCAAGAUUUUUCUUUAAAAAGCACCAAUUUUUGUAAAAUUCGCAUACAGUUCUUAUACAUUGUGUUAUCAUUAAAUACAAGAUCCACUGAAAAGAAAAAAAUAUUAACAAUGUACAACAUUUCCAAGCAAAAAUGUAUUCACACCCCAAAAAGCCAAAAGAUCCCUGCCAAAGGUUC